AACAAUAAUAAAAACACGCGGAACGAACGUUUUCGAGUCGCGGCGAUUAAAUUUUUAAUUUUUUCCUUGAUUUUAAGCCUAAAAAAAUGACGGAGAGCACGGAAAUGCUGUUAUUGAACCCAGAUGAGACGAUAAAUGUUGAAAAUUUUGAAUCUUCGUUUUUGGAACUUGCAAAAGGAGAUUUUUUAAAUGUUUUGACACACAAACAGGAUUUACUGACAAAAGUUGAUGCGGAUUUGUCAAAUUUUAAGAAUUUACCUCCUUCAGAAGCAAAAUUAAUUGGAAUUUCGUGCGUUUUGGCAUUCACGCAGGCGAAUUUUACGGGACCUGAUCUCAAUUUGGGCUUUUCUUUCGAAGGAUUGAGCACGAAUGAGGUCUUCAGUGCACUCAAUGUUGAUGGCGAAGAGUUAAAUGUGAAUGCGAAGCAUGUUGAACUUUUAUUUCUCGCGAAAAAUAUUUGGAAAAAAUUAUUAGAAGCGAAUUCUGAAGACAUUACGUGCCUUGUUUGGAUGCUUCGAACGACAAUUUUGCAUCAAAAAGUCAUCGACGACUCUUGCAUCAGUUUAUAUGAGGAGUUUAAAAGCAUUUCAACGCAAAUUUUAUCGAAUUUGGAGAAAUUUAGCCUUAAAGAUAGACUUUUGGUGCAAGCGGAAAUCGUUCAAGGGUACUUGAUGUACAAGAGAGUGUAUGAAGCGGAGAAAUUUUUGAAAGAUUUGAAGGCAUCAAGCAACUUAGAGUUUGAAGUGAAAGGCGAAUUGGGUGUUCGAACAAAAUUUCAGCAGAAAGCAUUGCCUCAAUUGGUGUUGAAAGUCGAGAAAGGCAAUGAAAACGAACUAAAUAAAGCGGAAAUGACACAUCCGAAUGAACAUCUCCCUAAAUUGUUGACGCUAGAUGAUGACUUGCGGUUGGAAAAGAUCAAAUUUGAAGCUGAAGAUGCGAAUCAGACACAAAUUUUGGAGAGUGUUGUGCAAAAUGUGCUUUUUACUCAAAUGAAAUAUCUCUACUUGUGUCAACCAAAAGACAAUUUAUGCAAAGAAGAGAUCCAACCUUACCUCACGACGCUUCUUUACCAAUCGCAUGGACCUUGGAUGACCCGAAUCAACACUCUGAUGUCAAACAUUCGACUCGAAUCGGAUCACAGACGAACCGUUGAACGUUCCUUGCGUCAAUGCGAAGAAGUUUUAAACCUAAUUAACGCCACGGAGACUCCCAUCGCGUAUCGCCUGUCAUAUUGCUUCUCCGCUCACAUGCUCCCGCGAUGGGAAAUCGAAGCUGAAUUGGGCGAACUCAUGGUCAGCUUGGGAAUGAUCAAAACCGCCCUCGAUCUUUAUCUGCGGAUCCAAAAUUGGGAAGACGUCAUUUUGUGUUACACGAUGCUGGAAUUGCGUCACAAAGCUGCCGAAGUCAUCAAACAAGAAAUUGACAAAAAACCGACUGUGAAGCUUUAUUGUUUGCUCGGCGAUGCCACGGAUGAUGUGAGUUGUUACGAAACUGCGUGGAAUUUUUCGCAGCAAAAAAGCGGAAGAGCACAACGUCAUUGGGGCAAUUUCUAUUAUCGCAAGAAGGAAUACGAGAAUGCUCUGCCGUAUUUGCAAAAAACUCUUGAAAUCAACAGUUUGCAGGAAGUUCAAUGGUUACGACUCGGAUACGCGGCACUUCAACUCGAAAAAUGGGAAAUAGCAGCGAAUGCUUAUCGGAGAUAUACUUAUUUAGAGCCUCAUGGUUUUGAGUCUUGGAACAAUUUGGCGAAAGCUUACAUCAAAAUGGGCGACAAAACGCGCGCCCAUAAAAUUUUACAAGAAUCCCUGAAGUGUAACUUCAAUAAUUGGAAAGUUUGGGAGAAUUUCUUGCUCGUAAGUGUCGAUGUUGGCAGUUUUGAAGACGCCAUUAACGCAUACAAUCGUCUCGUCGAACUCAAAGAAAAAUAUCACGACAAAGAAAUUUUGGAAAUUAUCGUUGGAGCGAUCGAACAAGACAUUCCCGAUGCCACAGGAAGUACCGCAGGUCGAUUAAAGAAAAAAUGUUUGACGCUUCUCGGGCAACAAUCUGCUCAAAAUCCAACUUUAGGCAUCGUUCAUGAAUUGUCGUCGCGAAUUACGGAUGACGCACUGCAAAAAGCCGAAAAAUUACAAAAAGCGCAUCGAAGUUACACGCAAACCUCGACGAAUUGGGUCAAAGAUGAGAAAAGUUGUGAGAAAAUUCUCGAUCUUUGUUUGAAAUUGUGCGACGCGAGUUUGUUGGCGACGAAAGAUGAAGCGAAUACGAGUGAGGCGAAAAAGAUGAGUGUUCUUUCGCAACUUUCGUCGGCAAGACUUGCUGCAAUGGGAUGCAUUAAAGUCGCAAAAGCGGAAAAUUACGAAAGUCUCAGGGAGAAAAUUGAAUCGUUGGAAGCUUCUGUGGCGGAAAUCGUUGAAGUAACAAAGCGGCUCAAGUGAUUUUUUAUUGAAUGAAAAUAAAUUAUUUUUCAAAAAUGAAAAAAAAAAAUCUAACUUUUGUAAU